AUUAUCAUUAUCAUUAUUAUUAUCGCUAUUAUUAAUUCACUAUUCCUCUCCUCAUUCCUCUCCUCAUUUGCUCCCCAUCCCCCCUCCCUCCCCCCAAAAUAACGGCCAACCGCCUCAACAUCCGGGUACCGGCGGGGAGCUCUUCCUGUCUCCUGGAGCCUCUAGAGGGGAGGCAGAGGAAGGAAGGAAGGAAGGAGGGUUGGUUGGGGGCAAAGGAAAAGGGGUCCCCCCUCUAGACUGGGAGAAAGACGGGGUGUGUAUCUAUACCUCUAUCUCUACAAUAUUGCAUAUAUUGUGUGUGUUAUCCAGACUAUUUUUUUUUAAAAAAACGGCCUUUUGUUGCCAGCCCCCCCCCCAAAUAUUCCUCCACUAUGGAGUCCAAGACCCCCCUCUGACAGCUGGGGGCCCAGCCCCCCCCACCUCCUUCCCCUCUCCAAAAGUAAGAAAUUGGAUCCUGCAACGAUGACCUCUGCUGGGCCGCUAACUCUCAGCUAGUGCCGUGAUCUUGAAGCUUGUGGCCGCCUGUGGAAGCUACCAAGAAUUUUGGGUUAUAUCUUGCUGGAAGAUUCGAGUUGGCACUAGUUUGCUUACAGGAACGUUGUGCUGGAGCUGACGGAAACAUGGAGUUUGCUGAGCUCAUCAAGACGCCACGGGCUGACAACGUGGUCCUUCACCGCCCCUUCUACCCGGCAGUGGAGGGGACGCUGUGCUUGACAGGGCACCACCUCAUCUUCUCUUCACGGCGGCAAGACAAUGUUGAAGAACUGUGGCUUCUGCAUUCCAACAUUGAUUCCAUUGAAAAACGUUUUGUUGGCACCAUCGGCACCAUCAUCAUCAAAUGCAAAGACCUGCGGAUUAUCCAGCUUGACAUCCCCGGCAUGGAGGAGUCUUUGAACAUAGCUGGCUCCAUUGAGGCACUGUCCACCUUGGAUUCCAUCACCCUGAUGUAUCCUUUCUUUUACCGGCCCAUGUUUGAAGUCAUCGAGGAUGGCUGGCACUCCUUCUUGCCGGAACGGGAAUUUGAGCUUCUCAGUUCAGUUACAAACGAAUGGCGGUUGAGCUACAUCAACAAAGAUUUCUCCGUCUGCCCCUCUUACCCGCCCAUCGUCACUGUCCCCAAAUCGAUUGACGACGAAUCCCUCUGGAAAGUUUCCACCUUCCGCCACGGUGGGCGCUUCCCGGUCCUCAGCUAUUACCACAAGAAAAAUGGGAUGGUGAUGAUGCGCAGCAGCCAGCCACUCACGGGUACCAACGGGAGGCGCUGCAAGGAGGAUGAGAAGCUGAUAAACGCCACACUGAGAGCUGGCAAGCGGGGCUACAUCAUUGACACGCGCUCCCUGAACGUCGCUCAGCAAGCCCGGGCCAAAGGGGGAGGCUUUGAGCAGGAAGCCCACUAUCCCCAAUGGCGAAGGAUCCACAAGUCCAUUGAGAGGUACAACAUUCUGCAAGAGAGCCUCAUCAAGCUUGUGGAGGCCUGCAAUGACCAGUCGCAUAACAUGGACCGCUGGCUGAGCAAACUGGAGGCUUCCAACUGGCUGACUCACAUCAAGGAGAUCCUGACCACUGCCUGCUUGGCUGCUCAGUGCAUCGACAGGGAGGGAGCAUCUGUCCUGGUUCAUGGGACUGAAGGCACAGAUUCGACACUACAGGUGACCUCGCUGGCUCAGAUCAUCCUAGAUCCCAGAUGCAGGACCAUCCGCGGUUUUGAAGCUCUGGUUGAGAGGGAGUGGCUGCAGGCCGGCCACCCAUUCCAGCAGCGCUGUGCCCAGUCCGCCUACUCCAACAGCAAGCAGAAGUGGGAGGCCCCCGUCUUCCUUCUCUUCCUGGACUGCGUCUGGCAGAUCCUCCGCCAGUUCCCUUGCUCCUUCGAGUUCAACUACCACUUCCUGAUCAUGCUCUUCGAGCAUUCCUACGCUUCCCAGUUUGGCACUUUCUUGGGCAACAAUGAAAACGAAAGGUGUAAGCUCAAGCUGCCCCAGAAGACGAUGUCCCUGUGGUCCUGGGUGAAUCGGCCGGAAGAGCUCAACAGAUUCAAGAACCCCCUCUUUGAGGCCAACAGCCUGGUCAUCUGGCCUUCUGUGGCACCACAGAGCCUGCAGCUCUGGGAAGGUGUCUUCCUCCGCUGGAACCGGUCGUCCAAAUUCCUGGAUGAAUCCUACGAAGAAAUGAUCAACAUCAUCAAGUACAAUAAGGAGCUGCAGGUGAAAGUCAACCUACUGAGGCGGCAGCUGGCUGAGCUGGAGACGGACGACACCACGCAGGAAGACGGGGUGCCGGAGAGCCCCUGAGGCUGCGCCGGGCUCCCUGCCACGGGCCAGAUUGUCCCCCUUUCUCUGUCGGGCAAGUCGCCCCCACACACUAUAAAGCACUAAACCCUCCAAGACUUGCAUGCGCUCGAGCUCCUUUCUGGUGCAGUCGAGUCGAACAUUCCUCCCCACCCCCUCCGUUGUCUUUAUUUUAUUUUAUUUUUGCAUCUCAGUUCCUCACUUGACACUAUUUUCUCUCACACACACCCUUCUGUUUGGAAUGGCGUCGUUUUUGUUUACAGGAGCAGACUCUUGAUUUAAUUCAGCUGACUGUCCUCUCCCGGCAGCUCUUUCUGCCUCUAAUAAAUGGUGUGUACAAUUCCAGUGCCAGUGCUAGCCGCUCCCGAACCUCAUUCCCCAUGUGGCAUUCAGCAGGGGGUGCCUUUUGGUCUUUUGACUUGAGAGAGGUUUCAUUCAUUCAGGACUUGGCGAUCUUUGCACGGCCUGAGAAAGGCUGUCGAUGACAUGUCUAUCCUGCUUCUCCCAAACGCAUGGGUUUUGAUUUUUUAUUUUGUUCCUGGGUUAGACAACGUGCUUCAGCUUAAUCCCAAAUCCAAACAGCAUCUUUCCGUGCUUGUCAUUGAGGCACGCAGACAGUAAAUGUGGAGAGGAUCCCUCCCAAAAGGCAGGGAAUCAUUUUCCCCACUUUCCUUGGGUGCCUCCUUGCUAGACUACACCAUCCUGGCAUCUUAGUUUGGAUAGCUGAAUGAGCGCAAGAUAAAGUGUAUGGUACAGCUCUUUAAGGACCGUACCACUUCACGCUAUGUAUGUGUGGGGGGGUGUUGUUGGAAGGUUGCCCAUUGUGUUUGCGGGAAAGUUUGUUCUUAAGCCCUGCAUGUGGAAAGUGAGAAUGGCUUGCCAGCUUUGCAUAAGCGCAUGAGUGGAGAAGACCAAAAACCCACCUAGUCCAGCAUCCCAUUUUCUCACAGCCUGAUGCCUCUGGGAAGCCCCCAUGUAGGAGGUGAGGCCAACGGCCCUUCCUGCUGUUCUCCCAAAGCGAGUGCCAUUCAGAAUCCUGCUUGCUGGCUUCCAUGGGCACCUGGGUGGCCACUGAGAACAGGAUGCGGGACUAGAUGGGCCUUUGGCCUGGUCCAGCAGGCUCUUACAUUCUUACAGGAUAGGUACUAAGCAAAUCAUUCCUCGAGUGCAUCUUUGGAUUUCAGCUUACAUUGCAGAACUCCCCUGCAUGCCCCCUGAAUCUUUCCUAGGGGUUUCCCCAAGCCUUGGGAUCCGAUUUAGGGAGGGCUCGGGGAGGGCAAGCAGGAAAUCUUUCUCCGAAGGGACAGGGCAGCUGAACAACCCCCAGAAAAUGUUUCUGCUGCGGAGGUAACAUCCAAACUGAUGGUCCUCUCCCUUGCUCCCAGGAGCGGCACAUUAUUGGGAGGGUUGUACUCUGUGCUGACCUACCUGCCUCAAACCAGCCUUCACCAACCUGGGGCCCUCCGGAUGUUUUGGACUCCCAUCAUACCCCCAAGGAAUUGUAGUUCUGGAGGGCACACCGGGUUUGUGAAUGCUGGUGAGGAUCUCAGCUCUGAGGAUCAGCAGGUGUCCCAUUUAGGAAGAAGCAUGCCGAUACCAUGGCUCCAUAAUCUCCCGAACUUGAGUGUUGCAUAUGUUAUUGAAUAGGCAGGAAGAAAAUGGAGGUUAAGCCGUGAUGGCAGGUGUGCUUUGCAAAGCCUUAUCCUAACGCCAUGAAAUCUUAAGACUUGCUCUGUGGGCGAUGAAACCCAUGGUUUUAAAGCUUCCAAGUGGAGUAACGGAAUUCCAGCCCACCAUACUGAACAGGGCAGCCCCUGUGUUUGCUGUCUGGGAUAGAUUCCAAAUACGAUAGAUUCCGAAUAUAUGCUAGGCUUGCCGUUCCCAGCUGGCCGUCUGUAUUCAGCUUAGCUCGCAAGUGCAGUAGGUUUGGUGUGGGUUGAGCUCUCUUCUCUGAUCCUGUGGAUCUAAGGCCUGCUCAUAAAACAGGAUCUCCAGAUAAGCAUCUCCUCUGCUGUGUGUGUCUUUGCACCUGCUCAUCCUUUGGCAAUGGGUGACUAACGCUUGGUGUGGCGGCUGCCAUCGCGUCUUAUUGUGGAACCUCGAGUGAGUCAAAGCCUUUUGGAGAACAUUGCUGUGCUUUUUGUCUGUGCGAUUUGAAUAUAUAUAUAUAUAUAUAUAUAUUAUAGCUCCUCCUGUGGCUUAAAAUCUUUGCCACCCUUUUUGGGUGGCUGUGGCCUAGAUGUUUUUUUCUGGCUGCCAUCUAUACAGCUGUUUUCCCUCAUAGUAUUGAAAUUCUUUCACAGAGAACUCACAGCCUACUUUCACUCCACUUCCUGCAGACUCCCUAUGUCUUAACCCUCUCCUCCUCAUCUGAAGCAGUGUGAAAUUCCUCAGGAUCAUUGCCUCCUCUUGCAAUGGGUCCCAGCCAAACUGACAGCUCUCGCUUCCCUCACAGAACCAGGACACCAAAGGUUUGCUGGGCAGCUGAACAUGUCGCCGUAUCAGCUCGGCCAAUUGCUGUCAGGGCUUCCCUCCCACCCCAACAGAUGCAAAAGAUGAUUGGAUCUAACACAAGGCACUUUGGCGAAACCAGUGGUUUAUUGCAAACCAAUAUUUUUAUGGUGCUGAAAUACAGGUUCUGCUGUCACUCAGGUUGGCAAAAUGCUUCCUGGAGAGGUUACAGCUUGUUCCUCUUUAGAACUUGCUGCUGCCCUUUUGGGGUUAUUCUAAAUCUGAAAUAGGCAAUCGACGGUUGUACCUGACUUGCAUAUCUCCCCCUUUCUGUCUCUUUUUGGGGGAAGGGAGAGAAGGAAUCCCUGCACGUAGGGAGUGUUCUUCAGGGACAGUGUCAUUCUCAUUCCCAAUAGCACACAUCUCUGCCCUUUUGGAGAGAGCAAGCACAUCCUGGGCUAACUAGCUACAGCCCCUGUCAGUGUUUGCAAUGAAGACUCCAUCCCAGGUCUUUUGGCAUGGACAGAGCACUGGGCGGAGAGGCAGGGAUUUCUCCUAUUUGGGUUGGUGCCAAGAGAAGGCAGUCCUACCUUCCCCAACCCACAGGGGGAGCUUAGAGCUGCUGGGCACCCUCCAAGUCUUUGCCAAGUAGGUCUGUGCACACCUUCCCUUGGCUUUGCAUCACAUUGCAGUGUAAAAGGGACAGAGCUGGUUGAAAAUGCGCCGUUUUAGUGGCUUGCUUCCUCCUCUGCGUUUCCAGGGGAAAGAGUAAAAUCUCAGGGUAAAAGGAUGCUCAGUUUGAGUACAUUUGCUGUUAGGGUCAGGGAUGAAGGGAGCUGUAGCCUAACAACCUUUGGAAGGCCAUAGGCUCCUUGCCCCUGCCCUAGAUGCAUCCUAGCUCUGUCCCCACUCAGAUUCAGCCCUGAUCUAUGGGGCAUCAUCCUUAUGCUCCCAGUCCCUUAGGUUUGGGGCAAUAAACUGGAGGGGAAUUGGAAGCCAGUAUAGACACAGUUCAGUUUCUGCAGGUCUAAGAAAGAUCAAACCUAAUUCCAGAACUGGUUUCAGUUUCAGUCCCUUCUCAAAUUUGCCUGGUUUUGAAAUAGUUAUUCCUUCUUCCCCUUCUUCUUCCUCCUCCUCCUCCUCUUCUUCUUCUUCGUGCUUACACUUAAAGGAUUUUUUAAAAGCUCAUUCAUAAUCCUUGAAGGCUGGCACUGUAUAGUUCUUAAUCUCGAUUGCACUGUUUGAAAACAGCUAAUCUUUUGGUGCUUUUAAUUUUUUUAAGUAUCUGGUUAAAGGGAGUUGUACAUACAGUCUGUAUUAUUAUUAUUAUUAUUAUUAUUAUUAUUAUUAUUAUUAUUUCUUCAUGUUGUUUGCUUGGUUUUGAAACUGGUGAAUGUUGCCAGCCGAAGCAUUAAUCAUGUUGAUUCCAGUUGUUAGAGACCCAUGUGAGUUUCAUUGGGGCAAAGGAUCUUGGGAUUGCCUGGGACUCCCCUGAAGGCAUCUUUUCCAAGUGCGUUUCUACACUACAAAGAAUUCUGGGAAUUGUAGUCCUGGGAGAUUGUUGGGAAUUCUUCCAGAUGUAUUCUAAAAAGCCUUCACAGAAUCACAAUUCCUAAUGAUUGGACCUGUCAUAAAUCCCCUCUCCCAUUUUUAUUUUUCUGUAUGUAUACAUAGGUGUUGGUUAAAAAUUGGUGUGAGGACACCAAAAUCUGCUUGGCUAAUUGUUUUUGGAAGUGAUUUCCCCCCACUCAUCUAAAACAGUGAAGCUGCAUUUUCUUUCUUUUUUUGAUGCUGUUGCAACAGGUGACAUGAAAUUAUGCUACUGAUAUUUUUUUCUCUCAAGUUCACUACUGUACAAAGAAUGAUAUUCAGCUAUGUUUGCUCAGAGUAGGCCCACUGAAAUGAAUGAACACGGCCAAGUUAAGGCCAUUAAUUUCAAUAGGUCUACUCUUGAGUAAAGCUUAGCUGAAUACCACCCCAAAUCUUCAACCUAUUUCUGCUGGAUGCAAAUGAGUUAUGGGCUCAGUGAGUUUUACUGUGAAAACAGAGAACAGCUAUUUUUGAGUAGUCGAAUUCCUAACUGUCUAGCUGUACAUCUCCCUCCUUGAAUGCUUGCAUCUGAAGAAAUUGGUGGGAUUGCUUUGAUUGAUAGGUGUCAGAUUCUCGUCACGUUGCAGAUGUGUUCCUGUUCCGAUUUUCACUUUGUCGAGUCCCCCUCUUUAAAUGUUUUGAAGUUAUGGCUUCAUCCUUGCAUUCAAAAUGACUCUGCUACCUUGAUUUUUGAAAUUAGCACACGUUUAGGAAACAACUCGUUCCCUUGUUGGAUCAAUCCAUAUUCAUCUACCACGUGGCUCUCUGAACCUCUGCUGUUCCACAGUAAGAGGCCCGGGUAGCUGCUUACUUUUCAAGUGCUUGGCAUUGUGAUGGGCCCUUGCAGGACAUAUAAUCCUCCACCAUAAUUAAUGUGCUUAGCAGAAAUGCUCAAGAGCUUUAAAUUUGGCCCACAUUGAGGUUAUGCAAAUUCCCAGACCUGAAUGUUGAUGGAAAACUCACCAAAUGUACUUUGCCAGAGGAAGGUCAGGAUAGCAGAGGGGGAAGGCAAGGUCUCACAUUGGGUUCCUGGGACCAGGGAAGAAGGAAAGACAUUGGGCAAUGAUGGACCCAAGCGCUUCUUUCACUUGUGUCCAUGUUUCCAUCCAUCCCCAGCAGGGGAUGCCUCCUGACGGCUUUUCCCGGGGCUUCCCAAACUCCUGGUGCCAGUCCUUCUCUUAAAUUUGGGCGCUUGUUCAUCCUUCAAAACGCAAUGCCUUUAAAGUAAUCCUACUCGCCAGAGCAUGAGCCAGCUGGAAACCUAUAGCCACCCCUGCUAUCCAUACCUCCAGCCAAUAUUCUCCCAUAUCUUAAUUAUUCUGUGGUUGAGAAAGGUAGAAUGUAGGAAGCCAUGGUCAACCUUCCAAAGGGAAACACUUUUGUUGUAGAUUGUUUGCAUCGAACACUGAGCAUUUCUGAUUGUACCCAAGCUUUACUGUUUCCCGUGGGGCUUGGGGGUGCCACACAGAUAUAGUGACCUUGCCUUUCAGUGGCACAUAGGACACCCCACCCAGCCCCACAAGCGUGUGCACAGUUUGCAAAAAAUGACUUGAUUUUGCACGUUGGGAGUUGAAUGCAGUAGUGGGGAGGGCUGCAGUUUGAUUGUAUUUGGGACUGAGCAUUUUCUUGAAUGUGGCAAUCUUGUUUUCAAGUGCACUACUGUCUAUUGUCUCCUCCAUCUCUGAUAUUUAAUAGCAUAUUGGCGCCUUGAUGCUUUCUUGAGCUUUGCAAAAGAAAAAGAAAAAGCAGUGCUUUUCUUUAUAAAGCAGGAAAACUCCAGUAUAUUAGCAGAUCUUUGUGCAGCGGAGUAGAACCAUUGUAGCCUACUGUACCACACCGUGUCUGUAAACUAUUUACAAACGAAGUUGUAACUGCAUCUCAGUCCUAAAUGUGGACCUUCUGCUGCUUCCAAGUUUUCAUUUUUCAAGCAAACCAAACCUGGGAGGAAUCGUGCGCUCUCAUGCUGGAGAAUGUCAUUUUCUGUACAGAAUCUGAAAACGCUGUUACACGGCCUUUUGUCAGAGAGGGGAAUAAAUUUUAAAGAGAGAGUGUGGAAGGGGUUGAAGUUUAUUUGUCUGUUUUAGGAAAGCUGCAGUGGAAAAAUAGCUAUCAACUUUGCUUUUAGAUUUGUGGGUGUAGCGUAAAUGAUCUCAAUUAAAAUAUUUAAAGACUU